UACCACUUUAGGUCGGCGAUUCAGAUCUUGGCGACAACCUCAGUAGGGUUCUUACUAGAGAUUUAUAAUCUUUGGAUAGAUAAGAGUUUUCUGUUGUAAUCGGUAAAGGUUGGAACUUUAUCUCUAAUUCUCUGUUGGGUUGCAUCCUAUGGGUAGACACGAUAGUUCAUCCGAGGAAGAGGAGAGAGUGAGAAGAAGUGAUAGGAGAAGAAGAGAUGUCAGGCGUUCUGAUGAUGAUGACGACCAUAAGAACUCGCGAAGAGAUCUGGAGAAAGGAAGAGAGAGAAGCCGUGGGGAUAAGGUGAGAGCAGAUACCUCUUCUGAUGAGGAAGGAUCGGCGAGGCGGUCGAGAAAAGAUCGGAAAGAAGUUGACUUGGAUUCUGAUGAUGAUAAAGGAAGAGACAGAGAUGAUGGUGAGAGGAGGGUAAGUAAGGGUAGAGUUAGAGCAGACACUUCUUCUGAUGAAGAAGAAGAGAAGCAUGUUGCGAAGGAUACUCGCAGAGGUUUGGAGAAUGAUUAUGAAAGGAGAGGAAGGAAGAGAAGUAGUCCUAAAGGGAGGGAGAGGCGUGAUAGAGAGAGUGGGUAUAGGGGUAGUAGAGUCAUAGCUGAUAAGCCUUCUGAUGAAGACGAUGAUGAUGAUAGGAAAACUAGCAGGAGAGGUGGGAAAGAAAGCGAGAGGAAACCUAGAGAUCGUCAAGCAUCUGAGGAAGGUGAGAUUAAGAGUAGCAGAAGAGAGAAGACUGAUAAAGGAAGUGAAGGUCUCUUAAAGAGGGAUCGGAGGGAGAGAGACUCGUCUGAUAGGCAUCGGAGGGACUAUGGAGGUAGAGAUGAAAACGAGAGACGACACGGUCAUAGAUAUGAGGAUAGUCAAAGAGACAAGCUGAGAAAGGAAGAGAGCAGCAAAAGGGAAGAGAAGAGUGAAGUUGCAAAGCCCAAGUUACCAGAACUCAAUCCAUCUGAUAGCAAUGCUGUCGCUUUGGGGAAAACUGGUGGAGUUUAUAUUCCUCCGUUCAAGCUAGCACGCAUGAUGAAGGAGGUGGAUGACAAGAGCAGUGUAGAGUAUCAACGUCUUACAUGGGAUGCUCUUCGUAAAAGUAUUAACGGGCUGGUGAAUAAGGUCAAUGCAAGCAACAUCAAGAAUAUAAUCCCUGAACUGUUUGCUGAAAAUCUCAUUAGAGGAAGGGGACUUUUCUGCCGUUCUUGUAUGAAGUCUCAAAUGGCAUCUCCUGGAUUCACUGAUGUCUUUGCAGCUUUAGUAGCUGUUAUCAACGCCAAGUUCCCUGAAGUUGCUGAACUUCUAUUGAAAAGGGUCGUUUUGCAGCUAAAGAGAGCGUAUAAGCGUAACGACAAGCCUCAACUGCUAGCUGCUGUGAAAUUUAUAGCACAUUUAGUAAACCAGCAAGUCGCUGAGGAGAUCAUUGCCCUUGAACUAGUCUCUGUGCUUCUGGAAACCCCGACUGAUGACAGUGUCGAGGUGGCUGUUGGGUUCGUGACAGAGUGUGGUGCCAUGCUCCAGGACGUUACACCAAAAGGAUUGCAUGGAAUUUUUGAACGGUUUCGUGGUAUCCUGCACGAGGGAGAUAUUGAUAAGAGAGUUCAAUAUUUGAUUGAAGGGCUUUUUGCUAUUAGGAAAGCGAAGUUUCAGGGACAUCCAGCUGUUCGUCCUGAGCUUGAUCUUGUGGAAGAAAAAUAUUCGCACGAUGUAUCUCUUAAUGAUGAAAUAGUUCCUGAAACCUCACUGGAUGUUUUCAAACCUGAUCCUGACUUCCUUGAGAACGAAAAGAAGUACGAGGCGCUAAAGAAGGAGUUACUUGGUGAGGAUGAGUCUGAGGAUGAAGAUGGCUCUGAUGCUAGUUCAGAUGACAAUGAUGAGGAGGAAGAUGAGUCUGACGAAGAAGAUGAAGAACAAAUGAGAAUUAGAGACGAGACAGAGACUAAUCUUGUUAAUCUUAGAAGGACAAUAUACCUGACCAUUAUGUCCAGCGUCGAUUUUGAGGAAGCAGGUCACAAGUUACUUAAAAUUAAACUUGAACCAGGUCAAGAGAUGGAACUAUGCAUAAUGCUCCUGGAAUGUUGCUCUCAGGAGAGAACAUAUCUGCGCUACUACGGUUUGUUGGGUCAGCGUUUCUGUAUGAUCAACAAAAUUCACCAAGAGAAUUUUGAGAAGUGUUUCGUUCAGCAGUACUCUAUGAUACACCGUCUUGAGACGAACAAGCUGCGUAAUGUAGCUAAGUUUUUUGCCCAUUUACUGGGUACAGAUGCUCUCCCAUGGCAUGUGCUUGCCUACAUUCGGUUAACAGAGGAGGACACUACUUCAUCUUCGCGUAUCUUCAUUAAGAUCCUUUUCCAGGAAUUGUCAGAACACCUGGGGAUUAGGCUGCUUAAUGAGAGGCUUCAGGAUCCAACAAUGCAGGAAUCACUAGAAUCCAUCUUCCCUAAAGAUAAUCCAAAGAACACGAGAUUUGCAAUCAACUUCUUUACCUCCAUCGGUCUUGGAGGCAUCACAGAGAGUCUCAGGGAGUAUCUGAAGAACAUGCCACGCCUCAUCAUGCAACAACAGAAGCAAGUUGCAGAGUCAGAAUCAGGAUCAUCGUCUGGAUCCGACAGUUCUGAUUCCGAGUCUGAUUCAUCUUCUUCUUCUUCUAGUUCGGAUGAAAGCGACAGAGAGAAGAGGAAGCGACGAAGAAGAUCUUGAGAGAGAGGCUGUGUGUGUCAUUUCUACCGAAGUUUCUUCAGAUUUUCAAAUGUUGUUCUCUGGUUAUUCAACUUGAAUUUUACAUGAGACCUCAAUGAACAAAUCCUCUGGAUUCGGUUCUUGCAUAAGGUUGAUGCAUGCAUCAUCAUAUGUAGCUGCCGGUUCUCCCAGCUGGUUGUUUUGGUUUUUCGAAAGCAUAUGUGAACUCAGUGUCAUUCUUAGUUCCUUCCUGUUUAAACUAGUUCGCCUUUGCUCCUUUUGUAAGUUGUAACCUAGCAGAACGCUUGAUACAAUCAAUCAUCUGUGAACUCAGUGUCAUUCUUGCCUUAGUUACUUCUUGUUUAAACUGGUUUGCCUUUGCUACUUUUGUAAGUUGUAGCCUAUCAGAACGUUUAAUACAAUCAAUCAUCUAACUUAAUGUGA